AAAGAAAGGAAAUCUAGUUCUUCUCAUUUCUUCAUCAGAUCGGCCUUCGUGAAGUCUUCUUCUUUUUCGUCUUCGUCAAAUUCGACCUUGGGGAAGGACAAAAUUUUUGAACAGCAAAAAACUUUCUCAGAUUUACGAAGGAACAUAGAUAACUUGGAGAAGAAUAGUGUUACCAGUCUUGGAACACCGGUUAAUCUUGGCUCUGAAGUGUACAUGCAAGCUGAUAUCCCAGAUACAAAACGCAUUUUUGUGGAUAUUGGACUAGGAUUUCAUGUGGAGUUCACAUGGUCAGAAACUAUAAAUUACAUAUCUCAAAGGGAGGAGAAACUAUCCAGGCAAACUGAAGAGUAUACUCGUCUUAUUGCAUCAAUUAACGCCAGAUCAAGCUGCUUGCUAGAUCUACUCAUUGAUAAUGAACACGACGUCAAGGACCUAAGGGCAGCCGGCGUUCUUCGGAACAGUCUCAGUAGCGAUGGAGAAGCAGCUCAAUUGAUCAAUAGAAUAGGUUCUAAUUGCUUUGCACCACCCGUUGACAAGUAUGAGCAUGUCAAGUACAACAUAGAAAAGCAUUACAAAAGAAAGUGCACGAUCUGGACGGCUCAAGUCUGGUAUGCCUAUUUCAGUAGCCCGUUAACAGUUCUAGCUUUGAUUGCCGCUGCUGUGGUACUUGUUCUAACUGCUGUUCAAACUUGGUAUGCUGUUAAUCCAAAAAAUUAGAAGGAAACCGUAAACAGGUAGUUGGAACGGAAUUGCCAGGUCCAAGUGAAGAUUGCUCUUGGAAUGAUCUAUCACAACUUUUCUAGUUUUUAAUGAACUAUCAAAACAUGGUAGUAUUUUGAUGUUUGCUUCGAAUUUGUGGUUCAUAACUUGUUAAAAUGUUUCUUUUCAUUGGAAGGUUUUUAUGUAGCACUUCUUUGUGUGGGUUGUUUGGAUGUUUUUAUUCAAAAGCGUACUGCUGUGUUUCUUC